AUGGCCGACGUGGCCCUCGGAGUGGCGCAGUGGGUGGUGGCCAAGGCGCUAGCCCCUGUCGCAGAUGGUGUGCUGGAGGCUUGGGCGGCCAGCAGGAACUUUGGUCCCAACAUCGAGGCCCUCAGGAUGGAACUGCUGGUCGUGCAAGCGACGCUCGAAAACGCUACUCGCAAGGAGCUCGGUGGCCCGGCCAUGGAGAUGUUGUUGGAGAAGCUGCGGAAAUUGGCACACAAUGCCGAAGACUUGUUGGACGAGCUGGACUACUUCCGCAUCCACGAUGAGCUCCAUGGCACGUACGAUACAGCCGACCAACAUGGCGAGGGUGGCGUCCACGACCUCGCCCUCAAUGCGCGCCACACUGCCAAAGCUGUUGGCAAACUGGUCAACUGUUUCCCUUGGCAGCGUGCUAAACGCCGGCAGAGGUCACCUGCCGAUUCCUCCUCGGCGGCAAGCGCAAAUCAGGAGGUCAGCGGAUGCAUGCCCAAGCUCGGUAAACUCCUUCCCUUCUCAUCUUCCCCAGAUUCACAUGUUCGUGAGGAAGAUUGUGGUAAUGUGCAAGAAACACCAAUUCUUGGGUUUAAUAGGGUUGAUUUCUCUCAAAAGAUGAAGGACAUAGUAGAGAAUUUACAGCUUGUGCGUGAGGAUGUUAAUGGCCUUCUGCAGAGUUGUGGCCCUAGAAAUGCCUCAAACAUUGUCCAGUGCCGACCUAUCACCAAAGGUGGAAUUUAUGAGCCAAAACUAUACGGGAGGGAUCUUGUCAUGAAUAGCAUCAUAGAUGACAUCACCAAGGGUCGACAUUGUGAUAAGGGUGUAACUGUGCUUCCAGUUGUUGGUUUGGGGGGAAUGGGGAAGACAACUCUCAUACAACACAUAUAUCGCAAUCAGCGAGUGUUGAGUCAUUUUCCAGUCAUGAUUUGGAUAUGUGUGUCACUCAAUUUCAAUCUGGAUAAUGUGCUAGAACAGAUCAAAACAUAUACCCCUCAAGUCGAAAGUGAAAAGGAGUAG